ACCUGCAAAGUAGUCCGUAGGCGCGACUGCUUCAGUUAUCGAUAAUAAAUUAUCGGUUACCAGUUCCGGUGAACUUGGAUUGGUAAUGGUAUCGGUGCUUUGCAUGACCCACUGACGUUCACAACGCUGGGCCAUCAUGAUGUUCACCAAAGUCAACAGAAAAUUUUUGUUCAAGUCUCCACCAACUGUAUUCACAGACAAGCUUAUCUCCCAAGAGGCGCGUCGGUCUAAGGCUUUGGAAGAACAGAAACGCAGACGAGCACAAAAGUUUGAAUCAUCCAGGCAACUCGAUGCUUUCGCCGAUCUCAAUCUUGGGAACUCUGAUGAUGACGGUGACCUCGAGGAUGAGCCAGAGAUAAUACGUGAAGGUGUAUCCGGUUUUGUGCAGAUGGUGUCACAACCUGUGGAGACCCUGUCUUUGUCCUCCGAUGCGCACAACCACGAAACAUUGCAUUCGGGAAAGCGGAGAGGGAAAUCCCGACGUAAACGUAUCAAAGCCAAACCGUCCAAAUGGGCCGAUAAAUGCAUGUACGCUGAGCUCCUGGAGAUGAAUGAAGAAGCCCACUUGUGGGACAAUCAAUCCGCUGAUAUGGUUGAUGGCCUUCCACGCGAUUUAGAGGCAGCCUGGGUAGCGGUGGCACCUGUUCCUACUGGAAAACGAUGCUUGGCUGUUACUCAGCAUUCGGCCGGAAUAGUGGGCACAUCGCCAAAUACGACUCUUCGAUCUCGUGUACUGGGCAAGAUGCUUCUUCCUAGAUUUCCAUCCUCCCUCCCACCUCUUACAGUGCUCGAUUGUAUUCUCGAUGUCAACUGGAAAGACAACGGUAUCAUCCAUGUCCUGGAUGUGCUCAAGUGGAAAGGUCAAGAUGUCGGCGACUGCGAGACUCCUUUCAGGUUUUGGUGGAGAGAUACCCGAUUAGCAGAACUUCCAAAGCACCCUUUACCAUCUGGAAAUUUUUCAUUUACAGCCCCUUACACGACAUCGGACACAUCUUCUCAAAAUGCCGGGUCACUUUCAAAUAUACCUCCUUCUGAGCGUGAACGCUAUCGCUUUCCAUAUCCAACAUCUUUUGUCCCAAUACCAUAUCACACUGACACUACACUGACUUCCCUCUCUUCGUUUAUCAUCCCCAUGGCGCGAUCAACACGAGAAAUUAGUGUUGAUAUCCCUAUGCACGUCUCACCACCAGAUUUCACUUCGUAUGAUAUGGCUGUCGAUGACAUUCACGGUCCAAUAGUCUCACGCUCUACCACGUCAGUCAUUGCGCGGGUGGACUCGGAUGGAUUAUUGUUGUAUGUGUCUCACGCAAGCUAUGAGGAAGGAACCAGUCCCUUAAGCUGUUGGAUACCCAACAAGGCGAUCUCAGAGUGCCCGGAACUUCUCGGUAGUUAUGAGGGUCAUGACAGCCCACUUGAUGUGUUCCAACGUCUGGUCCAACGGCGCACUACGAAGAAUCUUCAUGUAGUUCUCGGUUCACAAGACCCUAUGGACAUCUAGUCGAAUGUUUUAUCAUGAAUCGUCCUGCACACUUUUACUUACACCAUUCAUACAUCUUCACUUUACUGCGCAAACCGGUGCUAUUUUGUCAAGAACCACACUUUUUCAGGAGACAAAUAUUUGUACUGCAGGG